CAUAUACAUUUUUUCUUCUUCUUUGGAUUAACACACUCACAUAUGACAGAGUAGUUACUGCACUUCAACUCAGAUUUCGCUAUAAGCCUGAAUGUGAUGAACGAGUCCAGAAUUUGAAAGAUGAAGGCAUGGAUAAUGAGGUGACAAUUGAAGAUGAUAAUUGUGUUGCUGAAGAGGGAAAACAUUUGAAUAGUAAAGCCAUGAAUGAUGAUGUUGCAAUUGCUCAUGCAAAUGGUGUUGCUGGAGAGGUUAGGGUCUUGAAAAGUGAACCUUUUAGUAAUGGGGUGGGAGUUGGAGAUAAAGGUGUUUCUGGUGGAGUGGAAUGUUUGCGAACUUAUAAGAGGCGUAAGAAGUCAAGUUCAAGAGGCAAAACUCAGGAACAAUGCAGAGCAGGCAUGGCAACUGCAAGUGGGAUAGCGGAUCAGGAUGUGAAGAAACCAUGUGAUCUAGCUUUAGGCAAUACUUCAGAUGAUUGUUCCCAAGGACAGUGGGGAAAUAUUGUACUAAAUCACUUAUAUCAGUCAUUAGGUGAUAGCAAUGGUGGUGUGGAGGGAUGCAUAAGGGAAGCACUUAAUCCUAAACAAAACCUUGCCCCUACUGUUAUGGAAACCUUUCUAAUUGAAAAAAAUGGUAAAAGAUGCUCUUCGCAAUCUGAGCUGCUUUCUCAUAGAACAGGGAAGGAAGCUAAUCGACAUGCAGAUGUCAUGUGUAAUGGAUGUUCCAGUGAAUUACCUGACCAUGGUGUGACUGAGAUGUGUCAACGUGUGCUCUGUAAUAUCUUAACCUCAGAAAAAUUCCGCUCAUUGUGUAAGGCUUUGCUUGAAAAUUUCCAGGGAAUGAAGCCUGAAAGUGUAUUUGACUUUACGAUCAUGAACUCAAGGAUGAAGGAGCAAGCUUAUGAACAAUCACCAGCACUCUUCUUGUCAGAUAUUCAACAGGUUUGGGGAAAGCUUCAAGACACGGGUAAUGAGAUUGUUGCUCUUGCCAAGAGCCUAUCAAGCAUGUCAACAACUUCCUACUCGGAGCUGGUAGGAGUUUCAGCACCGAGCACAUUUCAAGAUGAGAAGCAACCGUCCUGCAACCGAGAAUUUGGCUUUCUCGUGAAACCAGAGCAGACGCAAGACAUUUCUAUGUACAGAAUCGGCAGUUGCAGCCGUUGUGGAGAGAAGGCAGAUGACAAAGACUGUUUGGUUUGUGAUUCAUGUGAGGAGAUAUUCCAUGUGUCCUGUAUUGAGCCGUUAGUGAAAGAAAUAAUACCCCACAAAAGCUGGUAUUGUGCCAGGUGUACUGCUAAUGGGAUUGGAUCUCCACAUGAGCAUUGUGUACUAUGUGAAAGGUUAAAUGAUGAACAGACCCCAAAUGGCAUAAUUGGGGAUGAAAGCUUUCCUACAAUUAAGGAAACAAAACAUGAAUUUGAAGAAAAUUCAAAUUGCACCUCUGAUGGGAUUGAAGUUUCUGUAGGUGAGAAAACAACUCCCGUUUGCAAAAUUUGCAGAAAUGAAGUGGAUGGUAAAAAGAGAAAAAAGGUGAAAAUAUGUGGUCAUAAGUUUUGCUCCAACAAGUACUACCAUGUAAGGUGUUUAACAAAGAAGCAGUUAAAGUCAUACGGUCACUGUUGGUACUGCCCUUCUUGUUUAUGCUGUGUUUGCUUAAUUGAUCGAGAUGAUGAUCAGAUCGUUAUCUGUGAUGGCUGUGAUCGUGGAUAUCACAUCUAUUGCUUGACACCUCCACAGUCUUCUAUUCCUAGCGGGAAAUGGUUCUGCAGACUCUGUGAUGCUGGGAUACAAGCCAUUCACAAGGCUAAAAAGGCGUAUGAAAGUAACGAGCCAAGCAGAAAAGGGAGAGAUGCUGCUAAGCCAAAUGCUAAACUUGAUAAGAAACACAGAAAUAAACGAGCAAGAGAAUUGGAAAGAGGUGGUGCAAUGGACAUGCUUUUAACCGCAGCCAAUACUCUGAAUUUUGAAGAGAAAAAGGCAGCAAUCCAGAUUGAGUCACAGACAACAUGAAUUUUGUGGAGGUCUUUGUUGUAUUUUGCAUUUGCUGUAUUUUUGAAUGACUGAUAUUUUGGUAGGCUGUAAAAGUGUUCAAGAUCUCCUGACUUUUUUGAUACAUUACAUGGAAAGACAUGACUAUAGAGGCUAAAGGUCAAGGCAUAAUCUGAAACUGCUGUAUUGUAAGUAGGUCAGAUACUGUAUUAUGGACAUGGCUUAUAUGAAUUCUAUAUUUGGCUGCUAUUCUUGUUUCGUUCAGAUUGUAAGCCAAUGUUUCCAUGGUUGAAAGAAUAAAGAUUUUUUUCCCCA